GGCGGCGGCAGCGGGGGCCGGACGGGCCGGGCGCGGGCGGUCGCGCUCAUUCCCCGUCAUUUCUGCCGGAGGCGGAAUAUCCGGGGGGGCGGACCCGCUAUCGCCCGCCCUGUGCGCGCGGGCCGGGCCGGGCCCGGGUUCGCGGGGGGCGGGGGCGGUGCCCGGGGCCGCGCGCUGGACGGGGGCGAUGCGGGCGGGUCCGGUGCCCGGGGGCCGUGCGCGGUGCCGGACGGUGCCGGGGUGAUUGCGGAGCCCGGGGGCGGUGGAUGGGAGGGGUCCGGUGCCGGGGUCCGUACAGGGGGAUCCGGUGCCCGGGGGCCGUGCGCGGUGCGUGGCGGUGCAGGGGUUCCGGUGCGCGGGGUCGGCGGACGGGGGGAGUCCGGUGCCGGGGUCCGUGCGCGGUGCGGGGCGGUGCUGGGGUGAUUGCGGAGCCCGGAGUCCGUACCCGUGGGGGUGGGCGCCGGGGCGAUUCCGGUUCCCGGGGUCGGCGGACGGGGGGGCUCCGGUGCCCGGGGUCCGUGCACGGUGCAGAAGGCGCCGCGGUGACUCCGGUGCGCGGGUCCGCGCCCGGCGGCCCCGGGGCCGGGUGAGUGCGGACGCCGGGGUCGGCGGGGCGCGGCGCCGGGAUGCUGCCGGCCGCGGCGGCGCUGCCCGUGGCGGUGGCGGUGGCCGUGGCGGUGGCGGUGGCCGUGGCGAUGGCAGUGGCCGUGGGCGCGGUGCUGCCGGCCGCCCCGGCGCUGCGGCACCGGCUGGCCCGGGCCGCGCUGGGCCGCGCCGCGGGCUGGCAGCGGCGGCGCCUGGAGCUGCGGGGCACCGAGGUGCGGCACAGCCAGGAGCGGCGGCUGCGGCGGCUGCUGCCCGCGGGGGCGGCCCCAGGCUCGGACGCUUUCCGGGAGAGCCACCCCCUGAGGCCGAGCGGCCCUGAGGGGGACCCGGGCGGGCAGGGGGCCCCGCUCCCGCUGCCGGGCCCCUGGGCUCUGCUCCGCAGCUGCUGGGCCGCGGACCCCCCGCUCCAGGGGGCCCUGCUGUACCUGGACGCGCUGCGCACCGCCUUCCCGCAGGCGCUGGCCCUCCGGGGCACGGCCCUCUUCUGCUGGGCCCCCGGCGGCCCCCGCGCCCCGGCGGGCUGGCCCCUGCCCACGCUGUACUGCACGCCGGGCGAGGCGGGCGCCGUGCCCUCGCGGGCCGCGGCCCUGCGGCUGCAGCUGCUCUUCGCCCUGCGGGAGCGCGGCCUGCGCGUGCUGGAGGCCGGGCUGGCCUCCGAGCUCGGCGACGCGCUGGCGGCCCUGCGCGCCGGCUGGCCCGACCUGGCCGAGGAGCUGGCGCUGGGGCGGCUGAGCCCGCGGCCGGAGCUGCCCGAGGACGCGCGUCGCCGGCUGCAGGGGCUGCUGGCGCCUGAUGCCACCCGGGCCGCCGAGCUGCGGGCCGAGUGCGCCCGGGGCUUCGAGGGCAUCGCGCGGCGCCUGUGGCCGCAGCUGCAGGUGGUGGUGCUGGGGACGGCGCACGGAGGGGAGCGGCUCUACUGCGAUGCCCUGCGGCAGGAGGACUGCAAGGGGCUCCCCUUCUACUGCCCCUUCUACCGGGCGGCUGGAGCGCUGCUCGGCGUGAACCUGUGGCCGGAGGAGCCGAGCGCCCGCUUUCUGCUCUGCCCCGACUGGGCCUUCUGCGAGUUCCUGCCCUGCGCGGCCGAGGAGGCGACGGCGACGGCGCUGCUGGGGGAGCUCUGGGAGGGCCGGGAGUACGGGCUGGUCCUCACCGCCCGGCCCGGCGAGUACAGGUGCCGCGCGGGAGAGGUGCUGCGGGUGGCCGGGUUUCACAAGCAGUGUCCCGUGGUGGAGCCCGUGCGCAGGGAGAGCCAGACGCUGAGCGUGCGGGGCGAGAGCAUCCCCGAGGAGCGGUUUCUGCAGAGCCUGCGCCGCGCCGUGGCCCUGUGGCCGGGGGCUCGCCUGGUCGACUACGUGUGCGUGGAGAGCGUCCUGCUGGGCGCCUCCUCGGGGGCCUGCGCCCCCCAUUACCAGGUGUUCGUGGAGCUGCGGGGCCUGCGGGACCUGUCGGAGGGGCAGCGCUACAAGCUGGACCACUGCCUCCAGGAGGAUUUCCCCACCUACAAGUCCUUCCGCUUCAAGGGCAGCAUCGGGCCCCUGCGGCUGCACCUGGUGGCGGCGGGGGCCUUCGCCCGGCUGCGGGAGGCCGCGGGCCGCCCCCGGCCCAUGCCCAGGGUGCUGCGGGAGAGGCGGCUGCUCGCCGCCAUCCAGAGCGCCGUCGUCUCCUAGGGCGGCCCGGGCUCCCCGCGGCCUGGCUGCCACUCGGAGGACGCGCCCCGCGGCCGGCACGGCCCGUCCUUGCACGGCGAGGGCCCGGGGACCCGCCACGCGCGGCGGUGGGGCAGCGCUCGAGCACAUCCCGCCCGGCACCCCGGCUCUGGAUGGCAGGGGCUGCCCGGUGGCACAGGCGCUGCCGGGCCCUGCCGAGGCUGCAGCGCGGAUGCGGAGGGGCGCGUGGUCCCCCCCCGCGCGGGGACACAAGGCAGCGCCCCAGUAACCCGCCGAGCCCCGCUGCCGGGUCGGGGCCAGACCGCGGCUGCUCCCACGUGGGAGCCGCCUCUGAGCCGGGCUCCAGGGAAUUUCCGCUGGUUUAGGAAACAAUAAGGGCUGCUUUUAAUAUUAAAAAAAAAAAGAAGUGAAAUAAAGGAGGAUUAUCUCUCAAAAAUAAAUAAAGGGCAGUGCUCUGGGA